AUGUCCGCGUUGCGCACUGGUGACGAAUGUUUGCAUCAAAAUUUUCAUAUCGAUCAAUUUCAUCGCACAUUUAAUCCGGUUUCGUCGCUGCUGAAGUCUGCGCGCAGACGAGCGACGGAGCUUUAUUUCAAUUUCUAUUAUUAUUUUUGUUUCGUGUAGUGUUAUAAACUUUCAAGAUGGGGUCUUUGUUUCGGAGUGAGGAGAUGACACUAUGUCAGCUUUUCCUGCAAAGUGAAGCUGCUUAUGCCUGCGUGUCCGAGCUCGGGGAGUUGGGGCUAGUUCAGUUCCGAGAUUUGAAUCCUGACGUAAACGCCUUCCAACGUAAGUUCGUCAAUGAGGUACGUCGCUGCGAUGAGAUGGAACGUAAGCUCCGUUACCUGGAGAAGGAGAUCAGACGUGACGGGAUCCCCAUGCUGGAGAUCCCCGGAGAGUGUCCCGAGGCGCCUCAACCCAGGGAGAUGAUCGAUCUUGAAGCGACCUUCGAAAAGCUUGAGAAUGAGCUGCGAGAGGUUAACCAGAACGCUGAAGCUCUUAAGAGGAACUACCUCGAGUUAACAGAAUUAAAACAUAUUUUGAGGAAGACUCAAGUUUUCUUCGAUGAGCACGAGGGCGGGGCGAAUACUACCGAGUCGAUGACGCGGGCUCUCAUAUCCGACGAUCCUAACAGGCAUAUGGGCCAUGUUCAGCUCGGUUUACGGGAUAAGCAAGAAUCCUUGGAAUUUCUGCCCUGUUUCGUCGCGGGCGUGAUUCUGAGGGAGAGAAUACCGGCGUUCGAGCGCAUGUUGUGGCGGGCCUGCAGGGGAAACGUGUUCCUGAGGCAGGCUGAGAUCGACACGCCCCUGGAAGAUCCAUCAUCAUCGGAUCAGGUUUACAAAUCGGUGUUCAUCAUAUUCUUCCAAGGCGACCAGCUGAAGACGCGCGUCAAGAAAAUAUGCGAAGGUUUCAGGGCGACGCUGUAUCCGUGCCCGGAGUCGCCGGCCGACCGCCGGGAGAUGGCCAUGGGCGUCAUGACCAGGAUCGAGGAUCUGAACACCGUCUUAGGUCAGACCCAGGACCAUCGUCACCGCGUGCUGGUCGCCGCCGCCAAGAACAUUAAGAACUGGUUCGUGAAAGUGCGCAAGAUCAAGGCCAUCUACCACACAUUGAAUCUGUUCAAUCUGGACGUGACCCAGAAGUGCCUCAUCGCCGAGUGCUGGGUGCCCGCGCUCGACAUGGAGACCAUCCAACUGGCUCUGAGGAGAGGAACGGAACGCAGUGGCAGCUCGGUUCCCCCGAUCCUCAACCGGAUGGAGACUAUAGAAGACCCGCCGACGUAUAACAGGACCAAUAAGUUCACUUCGGCCUUCCAGCACCUCAUCUACGCGUACGGCGUGGCCACGUACCGCGAGGUCAACCCGGCGCCCUACACGGUCAUAACGUUUCCGUUCUUGUUCGCGGUGAUGUUCGGCGACCUCGGCCACGGCGCCAUUAUGGCCGCCUUCGGGUUCUGGAUGUGCUACAAGGAGAAGCCGCUUCAGGCCAAGAAAAUCGACAGCGAGAUCUGGAAUAUAUUCUUCGGCGGUCGCUACAUCAUCCUGCUCAUGGGCCUGUUCUCGAUGUACACGGGCCUCAUAUACAACGACAUAUUCUCGAAGAGCUUGAACAUAUUCGGCUCGUCGUGGAGGAACAACUACGACGGCUCCACGCUGCAGAGCAACCAGCUGCUGCAGCUGAACCCCGACUCCAACGACUACCUGCAGUACCCUUACCCGUUCGGCAUCGACCCGGUCUGGCAGCUCGCAGAAGCCAACAAGAUUAUCUUCAUGAACGGUUACAAGAUGAAGAUUUCCAUCAUAAUAGGUGUCUUCCACAUGUUGUUCGGUGUCUGUCUCUCGCUUUGGAAUCAUUUGUACUUCAAGCGUCGCAUCAGCAUCUACGUGGAGUUCAUCCCCCAGAUACUGUUCCUGAGCCUGCUGUUCUUCUACAUGGUGCUGCUCAUGUUCAUCAAGUGGACCACGUACGGCGCCACGCCCGGACACUUCGGCAGCCAGGACCCCGACAUAGUGAAGACGAGCGCGUUCUGCGCCCCGUCCAUCCUCAUCACGUUCAUCAACAUGAUGCUGUUCAAGCACGACAAGAACACGCGGCCGCAGUGCGACGACUUCAUGUUCUCCGGACAGAUGUUCAUACAGAAGCUGUUCGUGAUCGUGGCUCUGCUGUGCGUGCCCAUCAUGCUGUUCGGGAAGCCGUACUUCAUCAUGCGCGAGCAGAAGCAGCGCGCCAGACAAGGUCACCAGCCGGUAGAAGGUAACGCCGAGAACGGCACGGCGGGCGGCGCUCCCGUCCCGGCCUCGGGACAUCACGACGAAGAGAUCACCGAGGUCUUCAUUCACCAGGCCAUCCACACCAUAGAGUUCGUGUUGGGCAGCGUGUCGCACACGGCGUCGUACCUGCGGCUGUGGGCGCUCUCCCUCGCGCACGCGCAGCUCGCUGAGGUCGCCUGGAACAUGCUGCUCAGGAAGGGUCUGAUGUCCAACGACUACCAGGGCGGGAUCUUCCUGUACGUGGUGUUCGCGGGCUGGGCGGCCAUCUCCGUCUCCAUCCUCGUGCUCAUGGAGGGGCUCUCGGCCUUCCUGCACACGCUGCGUCUGCACUGGGUCGAGUUCCAGAGCAAGUUCUACGGAGGAGAAGGCUACCUCUUCCAGCCCUUCUCGUUCGAGAUCAUUCUAGACUCGGCGGGUCAGGCAGAAGAAUAAAAGCCUUUGUCAUGUGCAGCUGCUUCUGUAAUUCCAACAUAACAGAGUACAGGAUGAUUUAAGAAACGAAUUUGUAAAGGAAGAAGAAUAGGAAACUUCAAGAUGAUUGAAUCGAAUCCUGCACAUGGAAUUAGUCUUUCGUCAAAUUAAAUAAAUGUAAUCAAAUGUACCCUAGCGAGUAGAAUGUUGAUGUUUCAAAUUAAUAAUAGCCUAUUCAUUAAUGAGAUAUAAAAUGUUUAUUAGAGUUGAUCGUGGUAAUGUGUCGCGAAUAAUUGUUAUAUAUUCUGACACAUGUCAUUGAUUCUGUUAACGUCUUGUCAGUGUUGCAGUAGUAAAUUUUAAUGUGCGCUUCAGACACAUAAUAAAAAGCUUUUCGUUUCAAAAAAAUGGAAAUAACAUUAUGAUAUUUAGUGUGAGUAAUGCCAAUGUAUACAUCACUUUUUUUAGUUAAGGAUAAACUAGCGCUUUUAUAUGUCGAUAUUGGAUUCAAAUAAAAGCUCCCAUGAAAAUAAUCCAAAAAACAGAUGGUUAUUUUUGAAGAGAGAACUUUGAUUCAUUUUAGCUUUCAGGGUACAUGUUACAUUAUUUUCUACAUUUCCUUAGACGAAAAUUUAAGUUUUUUUAAUUAUUAUUAUUAUUGUGUAUUUAAUCACUUUUUUUAUUUAAACUCGAACAAUAUAAAACUAGAAUGAUAAAUAAGAAUGUACUUACAUUAAUUAAGCGAUGUUUUAAAAGUAUAUUGUUCUUUGUAUACAGCAUGUUGUAUUUUGGGAUUAAAAAAAGAGUUUUUUUGUGAAUAUUUCUCCGCAUAAGUAGUCAGUUUUUUUAAUGUUGCUAAAUAUAGUUUCAGAAACAGUACCGACAAUUAUAAAAUUGAAAAUCAUCUUUAUAAAAUGACGCGAUGAACCUCAAAAUUAUUUUUAUUUUUCCGAAUAAUUCUGUAGUCAUCAAACAUCAAACUGUCGUUUAAUAUCUCGAAGAAAUGUUCUUAUAAAUGUAUUUAUCUAAACGCCGCAUUCCCACUCCGCAAUGUAUUGCAAAAAGCAAAGCUCUCUUUGUAUUCCGCAUUCCAGUGUUAAAGUAUUGGAUGUAUCAGCCGUGUAAUAAAUAAAUAAAUAUUGUGAAUAAAUUUCUUUUUCGUAGCAAACUCAA